AUCCUAAAUAAAAAAAUUUACUUCGAAUGCAGAGAGAUCAGAGAAGUGAAGCAAAAUUCUUCGUUAUAAAUUCUCUGUCUGCUCUGUUACCAAAGCUUUGCUGUUUCAUGGCCGAGAGCUGAGCCACAAGUACAGAGGCAGUAGAGAAUGAUGUACCUCGCAAUAGUCCUAACCCUCGCCUUGCCCGCCGCCUCCUUCCUUGCAUCGCUUGUCUGCGUCCUGCUCCUACGCGGCCGGAGGAAGCUCUGCCUCGAUGCAGAAGACCUCGAGGUCGGCGUGACCACUGCUCGUGUCGCCGAUGGGCCCGAGUCCGGGUUGGACGGCCCGCCUCCGGCACAAAAAGAUGACAUCUUUGCUCUGUUCCCACGACGUUUUACAUGGUCGGAGGUGGAAACAGCCACCGCCAAUUUCACCUCGGAUGUAAUAGGCAAAGGGGGAUUCAGCACAGUGUACUUUGCCCGUCUCAAAGACUCCAUUGCCGCCAGCGUCAAGCUCCACCAAAGAAGCAAACGCCUCCACCUCGCCUUCCGCUUGGAGCUCAGCAUCCUCCUCCACAUCCAUCACCCCUACAUCGUUCGCCUGCUCGGCUACUGUGACGAACAAGAUGAACAAGGCGUUCUGAUCUUCGAAUUCGUCCCUAAUGGAAGCCUUCACGACAAGCUCCACUCCGGCGCCGUGCUGCCGUGGGCUCGGCGAACUUCCAUCGCUUACCGUCUCGCGCAAGCCCUCGACUAUCUCCACGAAGGCUGCGAGCUCCAGAUCGUCCAUGGCGACAUCAAGGCCUCCAACGUCCUCCUCGACGGCGACCUAAAUCCCAAGCUAUGCGACUUUGGCUGCGCGUGCAUGGGUUUCUCCGCCGCCGUCCUGCCGCCGGUGGAGUUGACCGGUUCGCCGGGUUACAUCGACCCGUACUACAUUCGGACCGGGAUGGUCUCCAAGAAGAGUGAUGUGUACAGCUUUGGAGUGCUUCUGCUUGUAAUCAUCACCGGCGAGGAAGCGUUCGACGCGGGGGCAGAGAGGCUGUUAACGGCGGUGGCGGGUAAAACUGUCCGGGAGGCGGCCGGUGGGAAGGUGACGGAAAUUGUCGAUCGACGGCUCAACGGAGAUUAUGAUGAGGGGGAAGUUGCGAUAAUGGCUGCCAUCUCGGCGCUUUGCAUUGGGGAGAAUCCGAGCUUGCGGCCAUCGAUGGCGGAUGUGGUGAGGAUGAUGGAGGAGAAGGUGCCGUCGGCGAUCUCAACUGUCGAUUGUAAACCGUAA